UUAAUUUCUCUCAGUUUUUCGUUGGGAGAGUAAACAUAUUCUGAUAUAUUUUGAAUAGAUAAACAUAUUUUAAUAGGCCAGUUGACAAUCUCUGCUCAGAUGCAGAUUAGAAAUUUCGACAGAGUCUUAUAUUGAUUUUCAGUUGUACCAGUGAUAUAUAUAUUUAUUAAAAAUUGCAUGAAUAAUAACUUCAUAGUGCAAAAAAGUGAAAUCAGGUGAAUUGGAGAUCGACUGAGUUAGACGAGAGAAAUAAAUCUCAAAUCGGUGGCUUCUUUGAUCAAGAAUAUGAUACCAAUAUUCAAUUUUAAGAAUACUUUUUUUUUGGAUUUGGCAUUCAUCCUAAUAUAUUUUAUACUGCCCUCAUCUUCGGUUUUAAACAAAGCCAACUAUCAUGAUUCGAAGAGAGUAGUUUGUUACUACAGCUUCCCAAGUUCCUACUACUCCUUGCAACCAGUAAAUAUCAACACAUCACUAUGCACCCAUAUACUUGUUGGUUUUUUGACCGUGAACGACAGUGUAAUUGUUAUUUCCAAAGAACAAGAGAAAAUAAUGAAAGAAGUUGUUAUUUUGAAGAAAACAAACGCUAAUUUGAAGAUAAUGUUAUCUGUUGGAGGUGGGGGAGGAACCUUCGGAUUUCCAGAAAUGGUCCAGACUUCCGAAAAUAGAGCUAAAUUUAUUCAAUCUAUACAACACAUUGUUGAACAUUUGGAUUUAGACGGUGUUGACUUGGACUGGGAAUUUCCAAAUGAUUUGUUCAACAACGAAAAAGUUAAUUUUAUUCACUUAUUGCAAGAUAUUCGACAGAACAUCAAUAACUCAAUGAAGAAGUACCUGAUUUCCGUAGCAGUGGCAGCUCCAAUUACAAUAGUAGAAGUAUCAUAUAAUAUUCCUGAAAUAAAUAGAUUAGUUGAUUUCGUGAACAUAAUGAGUUACGACUACAAUUUCUACUCCUGGUUGACUCCUUGGACAGGUAUGAAUGCUCCUUUAUAUGCCAGAUCAAAUGAGUUCUUCUAUUUCGCAACUCAAAACAUCAAUUAUACAUCGAACUAUUGGGUGAGAAAAGGACUGAACAAAGAAAAAAUAAACAUUGGGCUACCUGUUUACGCACAUACAUAUAAGUUAAAAUCAGCUGAGAAAACCUAUUUAGGAGCACCAGCCAUUGGUAAUGGAGUUCUAGGUGUGGGUGGAUCAGCGAAAUAUGGAGCAAUAUGUGAAUUCAUGAAGAGUCAAAAUCUCACUCCCGUGUUUGAUAAAGAGACGAAAAGUCCGUAUGUUACUAAUGGAACUGAAUGGGUCUCGUUUGAAAAUGAAGAGAGUAUAAAAUACAAAACUGAGUUCGUGCUAGACAAUGGUUUUGGAGGCGUUAUGGUCUUCUCUCUUAAUUCCGAUGACUUUGAAGGAAAGUGCAAAACUGGUGACAAAUUUCCUAAUACCAAAUUGAUACAUAAAAUUUUUCUUGAAUGAAACUUUGUGUUUCUUAUUGUUUGAAAUCUAUUAUAUUAGAAUACUCGACUCUUCAUAAUUGUGAUCUAACUAUGAAUAAAUAUACAUAUACCUGAA